AUGGAAAAUGACGUCAAGGUCGACCAGAAAGUCGAGGAAGCUGACCGUCUUCUUCCUCAUUCCAACUCUCUUCCCUCGAAUUCUGACGAGGAAGAAUUCGAAUCCGAUUCCGAGGCCGCCUUCGAAUCCAGAGAUAAGAUCAUCAUCGUCGAUUUCGAAUCUGCCGACGGAGAUGCCACCACACCUCCUUUCUCGUGGCGGAAACUGUGGUUGUUCACCGGUCCAGGUUUCCUGAUGAGCAUAGCGUUCUUAGAUCCAGGGAAUCUAGAAGGAGAUCUACAAGCCGGUGCGAUCGCUGGGUAUUCUCUGCUAUGGCUCUUGAUGUGGGCCACCGCCAUGGGAUUGUUGAUUCAGAUGCUCUCCGCUAGAGUCGGUGUCGCCACCGGUCGCCAUCUGGCUGAGCUCUGCCGCGACGAGUAUCCGACUUGGGCCAGGUAUGUGCUUUGGUCUAUGGCGGAGCUUGCUCUUAUCGGAGCCGAUAUUCAAGAGGUUAUCGGAAGUGCAAUAGCGAUUCAGAUUCUCAGCCGUGGCGUCUUGCCGCUAUGGGCCGGCGUUGUCAUUACGGCGUCGGAUUGUUUUUUAUUUUUGUUUCUAGAGAAUUAUGGUGUGAGGAAGUUAGAAGCUGUUUUUGCAGUUUUGAUUGCAACUAUGGGUUUGUCUUUUGCCUGGAUGUUUGGUGAAACCAAGCCAAGUGGAAAAGAACUUAUGAUAGGUAUUUUACUUCCAAGACUUAGCUCAAAGACAAUUAGGCAAGCUGUAGGUGUUGUUGGCUGUGUCAUAAUGCCGCACAACGUGUUCUUACAUUCGGCUCUUGUACAGUCGAGGAAAAUCGAUCCAAAGAAGAAAUCUCGUGUUCAAGAGGCACUGAACUACUAUCUGAUCGAGUCAUCGGUCGCGCUUUUCAUCUCUUUCAUGAUCAACUUGUUUGUGACUACUGUCUUUGCAAAAGGGUUUCACGGAACCGAGAAAGCUAAUAACAUUGGCCUAGUUAACGCUGGUCAGUAUCUUCAGGAGAAGUUUGGUGGCGGGCUUCUCCCGAUCCUCUAUAUCUGGGGGAUCGGGUUGUUAGCAGCCGGACAAAGCAGUACGAUCACCGGUACAUACGCAGGACAGUUUAUAAUGGGCGGGUUUCUGAACCUCCGGCUUAAGAAAUGGAUGAGAGCAGUGAUAACAAGAAGCUGUGCUAUUGUACCGACCAUGAUUGUCGCAAUCGUGUUCAACACCUCUGAAGCUUCCUUGGAUGUUUUGAAUGAGUGGCUUAAUGUGCUUCAGUCUGUACAGAUUCCUUUUGCUCUUCUCCCUCUUCUAACUUUGGUAUCUAAAGAAGAAGUCAUGGGAGAUUUCAAGAUUGGACCUAUUCUCCAGAGAAUAGCUUGGACUGUGGCUGCACUUGUAAUGAUCAUCAAUGGGUAUCUUCUGUUGGAUUUCUUUGUAUCAGAAGUUGAUGGGUUUAUGUUUGGAGUCACCGUCUGCGUCUGGACAACAGCUUAUGCUGCGUUUAUAGUCUACCUCAUUUCACACAGCAACUUUCUUACUUCUCCUUGGUCUUCUUCAUCUACUUCCAUAGAACUCCCCAAAAGAGUGACUGUCUCCAAUAGCUAG